CUCGUAAGCUUGAGCUGUUACUGUCUAAUUGAAUUCACUGGGGCUGAACUAUGCUCGAAGACAAGGAUUUUGAUUCAGUAUAUCACGAAGAUUGACCGUCUACCCGCUAGAGUUCCUAUGCCAUUGGCUACAGUGGGUAGUGCGGCAAGUCGGCUAUAUCCCGAUGGUCUGUAGAACCACAUAGUGUGCCCUCACGAGCAUAGAACACCACCGCGCGGACCGAGAAAUCACACUAUUAUCAAUAUUGAACCCUGGCAAUGGCUGCCACGGCAAUCGUUAGACGUGCUUUGCUUUAUGGUACGCUCUGAUCCACUGCUUUUCUCACUGUUAACAACAAGAACACUGAAGCACAAUUUAGUCCCGGGCUCGUCCAGGAAGUUCCUGGACAAAUCAAGAAACCUUAAAGUCGACAACGUGACGUAUGAUCUGGAAGAUUCGGUCACUCCAGGGAAGAAAGCAGAAGCUCGAAAGACGCUGCGAGACUUCUUACACCAAGACCGAGCGGAAGGCAUCACGGAACAAGCUGUCCGCAUCAAUGCCGUUGAGACAGGCAUGGCCCUUGAUGACUUGUCGGAAGUGCUUAAAGCUCCGAAUCUGGAUGCCAUUGUUGUCCCGAAGGUGGAUCGACCAUCAGAUUUGCACUUCGUAACGGAUGUUAUUCGGCAUGUGCUGCCGGAGAGACAUCCCUCAACCUUGGACGCGUCCUCAAACCCAAUCAAGCUCAUUGCGCUAAUCGAAUCUGCUAAAUCACUUUCGAAUCUAAACGACAUUUGCAAAGCCUCGCCGUACCUUUCUGGCCUAGUCUUUGCCGCUGAAGAUUUCGCCAAGGACAUGUCGCUCACACGGACUCCUUCGCUGACAGAGUUUUUGUACGCCCGUAGUGCCAUUGCCACAGCUGCGAGAGCGCACGAUCUGCCAUCCACCAUUGACUUGGUGUGCACGGCGUUCAGAGGCGAAGAGGGCCUUAGGACGUUGCAGGAAGAAUGCGAGGGGGGUAAGAGGCUGGGUUUUAAUGGCAAACAAUGUAUUCAUCCAACCCAAGUCGAGAUAGCUCAGAGGAUAUUUAGUCCAAGUGAAAAGGAAGUCGAAUGGGCCGUGAGAGUGGUGAUAGCAGAUGAGAAAGCUGACGCCCAGGGACGGGGUGCCUGGACUUUAGACGGCGCAAUGAUUGAUGUUCCAGUGGUGAGGAAAGCUAAGAAUAUCGUGAAGAAAGCUGAGCUCUGUGGGAUAAACGUGGAAGAAGUUCGCGCGAAAUGGAAGGACCAGGAGCCAGAGUGAAGAAGAAAAUGGCACACUUGAAAGAAACUAUCUGUAGACUGUACAAAGAUUUCACAUUGAGCGUGAAAUGCUCGCUGAUCUGUUCUACAUACAAAGGAAAAAGUUCUUUUCA